UAUUUCAAGCAAAGCUGCCUCCGCUCUCCAGGACUCGGGGUGUCAAGAGUUUUGUGCUGGUCUGAAAAAUAAUGCCACGAGAGAUGUCUCUGACAGUAAUGGCCUUUUGUGUGAUUGUCUUCUGCGCUGGUGGUGUCUUCUCCGCCAGGGGCGAAGUGAUGCAUAAACUGGCUAAAAGGAAGCUGUGUGCAGAUGAGGAAUGCAGCCAUCCAAUUUCAAUGGCUCGAGCACUGGCAGAUUACACAGGUCCUGACUGCAGGUUCAUCAACAUUCGUCAGGGACAGAUCGUUUACAUUUAUGGAAAACUCAGAGGAAAAGGACGCAACUUUUGGCAAGGGACUGUUCAAGGUGAUUAUUUUGGGGAGCAAUCAACAACACUUGGAUUUUUCCCAAAGUCGAUUGUGAGAGAGCUCCAACAUCUAGGGACUGAACUUGUGGAAAUGCCAACAGUUGACUGGGAUUUCUACUGUUAGUGAAAGAAGAGGAUCAGAAAGGAAUCGGGUUCCCACAAAACCAGCCAGUCAAUGCCAUGGAGUGCCAUUGCAGCAUUAGCUUUACAAUAAACUGUCUUGUCAAUGA